UAACUCGAAUACACAUAGCAAACAACUGAAAGUUUAAAACAGAUUAAUUACGGUGAUGCAUAUUUUGCAGAAAGUUCCUCGUCUGUUAGCAAGGACAUCAAGGCUUAGUCCUUGUGUGACUAGGUCAUUUUAUAUUUAUUCACCGGAGCCAUUGCACGCACUGCUGGGAAAGCAACCGACAUGGAAAACAGCAGACCAGGCUGUCGAGGCCAUUCAGUCUGGUCAAAGGAUAUACAUCCAGGGUGGGGCCUCUAGUCCUCAGUCAUUGGUGGAUGCUAUGUGUUCCUAUGCUGAGAAGGCGAAGCUUAGAGAAAUUGAAGUGAUAGAGGCUCCAAUACAGGCAAAGGCACCAUACACAGACCCCAAGUAUGAAGGAAUUUUCCGCCCAAAUUCCUUCUUUAUUAGUGCUUCAAUAAGGAAGGCGGUGGCUGAGGGAAGAGCUGACACCAUUCCAAUCUUCCUCAGUGAGAUUCCGCUGUUGUUCCGUCGUCGACUGUUAAACCUAGACGUGGCAAUGAUAUCAGUUAGUCCGAUAGACAAUCAUGGAUUCUGUUCAUUAGGACCAGGUGUAGACUGCACAAGAGCAGCUGUCCAAAAUGCCCAGUUUAUUAUAGGUCUUGUAAACAAGCAGAUGCCGCGUACUUUUGGGGACGGCCUGGUUCAUAGCUCCCACAUCGAUGUUCUGGUAGAGGGGGAUGAACCACUGGGGGAAAUCCCCCCACCCUCCCUCACUCCAGAAAUCCAUGAAAUUGCCAAGCUGAUUGCUGACAAUCUGGUAGAGGAUGGGGCCACCAUUCAGACAGGUAUAGGUAAUGUACCAGCAGCUGUGCUACAAAAGCUGCAGAAUCACAAGGAUCUAGGAAUUCACACAGAGAUGUUCAGUGAUUCAGUGGUGGAUCUUGUGGAGUGCGGGGCAAUUACUAACGCAAAGAAAGCUAUUCAAACUGGAAAAAUUAUCAGCUCAUUUGCCAUUGGAUCAAAGAGAUUGUAUGAUUUUAUGGAUGACAAUUCCUUUGUUGCUAUGUGUGACUGCAGCUUCACCAACAAUCAGUCGAUCAUCUGCCAGAAUCCUCGUGUGACUGCCAUCAACACCUGUCUGGAAAUUGACAUCACAGGACAGGUGUGCUCAGACUCGCUAGGAACAUACAUGUACUCAGGUUUUGGUGGACAGAUUGACUUUAUUCGGGGGGCCGCUGUGAGUUUAGAUGGGGAGGGUAAGCCAAUCAUUGCAUGUACCUCAACUGUCCACAGACACACCCCCGACGGAAAAGCUGUGGAAGAAUCCAGAAUUGUUACCAACCUCAAACCAGGAGCUGGUGUGGUAACGACAAGAGCCCAUGUGCACUACAUUGUGACAGAAUUUGGCAUCGCUUAUCUCUUUGGAAAGAAUUUGAGACAGCGAGCAUAUGAGCUGAUCAAAGUGGCACAUCCAAGUUACAGAGAGACAUUAGAAAAGGCAGCCUUUGAGAGACUAAAAUGCAUGCCAUCACCCUGAGUGUAACUCUUAUACAUGUGCCACCAUUGCAAUGUAGUACGAUUUUUAACCCUUGCAAUUUGCUUUUGAAUUUGUGGCUGUGAAAUAGAGUUUCAUUAUUUUUAUGUCACAUUAGUUGCAAAAAUACAUGUAUAUAGUCUUUUUCACCAAGUCUGUUUUACAUAAGCUUGUUUUAUUUUAUUCAGUUUAGUCAGAUACAUGUGUUGUUGUAAUUGAAGGUUUUUAUAUUUGUGUAAUUAAGGUAUGUAAAUGUUAUAUAUGACUGCAUUGCAAGUAAUUGUUAGUGUUUUGCAGUAUAAUCCUUUGCCUGAUUCCUUGUUAUUGUAUAAUUAUGUUAAAUAUUUAGACCAACAUGGUUGUUAAAAUUGUGGCAUAUGUGUUUAUAGCCAUCUUUGAGGAAAGAUGUAGGCUGAAUCAUACUCAAAAUAUUGGGUUUGCUCAAAGCAUUUAUAUAUGUAAAUGCAUGUUCAUUUUCAAAUAAAACACUUAACAGAAUUUUUCUAUGAUAAUUUGAGUUAUUCAAAUGGUCAAGUUGGUAAAUUAAGAUUUUAGAAAAUGUUAGAUAUCUUCAUUGAUACAAUAUAUUUGUUUUUGUUUGUUGAAAUUGUCUUUACAUGUUCAUAAAUAAAAACAAAUGCCAUUCAUGGUUACAAGAUGUGCAGAAGAAAUCUCAUUUAAUACUAAGUAUUGCUUGGACACCUCAAGUUUGUGA